AUGUUGAUGCCUAGGAAGCUCCUGAGGAUGGCAAGAAAAUGGCGUAGACAAGCGGUCAAGAAUGCUUCAAUGAUGGCUGACAAGGGUCAUUUUGUUGUUUACACUGUGGAUCACAGUCGUUUUGUGAUUCCGUUGCAUUAUCUCAACAACAAUAUAUUUCGUGAGCUUUUGAAGAUGUCUGAGGAUGAGUUUGGGUUGCCAACAAACAGGCCUAUCACUUUGGCUUGUGACUCCAGCCUCAUGAACUACUUAGUGUGUGUUUUUGAACGAGCUCUAACCAAAGAGUUUGAGGCGUUACUCAUUUCAGUUGCUACAAAUCGAUGCAAUUCGUUCGAUCAAGGAGGAGAAAAUAGGAAACAAAUGUUGCUUUGUGGUUUCUAA